AUGUCAACAGACCCAGAGCAACAGAAUGCUCAACCUAGCAGAUUGCCCGUCUACCAGUAUCAACUGCAUGGGGAUAACUCUCGUCUGCAGCCAACGGUGGACAAUUCGCUUGCAGCAUCGGAUAUGCCUCGGACAUACCGGACUACUGAUUGGUAUAUCUGUGCUCGGGUGGCGAAGAGUGGAUUUGAGGCUCGGUUCUGGUGA